AUUAAAAAAAAAUGUCCCAAGAGUGAUUGAAAUUGGCACCCCAAAAGAAGACAAAAUAAAUACAAGUAAAUUAUACGGGGUAGACUAGGUGUUUAGUAAUUAAUAGUUAAUACUUAUAGUUUAAUCAUUGAAUGGAAUCUAUAUUCCCCUCAUUCACCAAGUAGCCGCAGCAGAGUAGAGAUAAUCAAUAAUCAAUGUCGUCACGCGAUGGGAAGAAACCGUCAAGGCAAACGUCCGGCAACCGUGCCGGUGGGAUUCGUACACUUUCCGAUCUGAAUCGUCCAUCCCGUCACGAUUCCGAUAGCGACUCCGAUGGUCCCCAAGAAUACUACACCGGUGGUGAAAAAAGUGGAAUGCUUGUUCAAGAUCCUUCAAAGCAUAAUGAUGUGGACGCCAUCUUUGACCGAGCUAGGCAAGUGGGUGCCACGCAAGGUCCUUUGGAAACCGGUGUCCCUAGUUCAAGCUUUACUGGAGCUGGGAGAACUCUUGCAGGGGAGACAGUACCAACAUCAGCUCCUCAACCGCCUGAGUCCAUCGUGCACAAUAUUAUCUUUUGGAGAAAUGGUUUCACUGUAAAUGAUGGCCCUUUGAGAAGGCUGGAUGAUCCUGAAAAUGCAUCUUUUCUGGAGAGUAUCACAAAGUCCGAAUGUCCAAGAGAGUUGGCUCCUGCAGAUAACAGGUCCCAGGUGCACUGCAACCUCAUAAGGAGGGAUGAGAACUGUCCUGAACCGGCAAAGCGCCAAGUUUCGUUUCAGGGUGUUGGAAGAACACUUGGAAGCAGCUCAACUCCAGCAACUUCUGAGCCAUCUGCUUCUGCUCCCACAAGCACAGCCCCUGCAGCUUCUACAAGUGUUCUGGAUGAAUCAUUGCCUUCAACCUCGCUUCAAAUUAGAUUAGCAGAUGGAACUCGCAUGGUUGCACACUUCAAUUUAGGCCAGACUGUUGGUGACGUCCGCUCCUACAUUGAUGCUUCAAGACCUAGUGACACCAGGGCCUAUCAACUACAAACAGUCGGAUUCCCUCCUAAAAUGCUGAGUGACCCAACCCAAACAAUUGAGCAAGCAGGACUGGCGAAUUCAGUCGUUAUACAAAAAUUUUAAUGAGCUGCCGAAACUAUUUCUUUUCAUUUAUUAUUACCGUACUGAUGCAGGAUAUUUUUAUAUGAUUUGCAACUGGGUAUUAUUUUUAAUCUUUGUGAAUCUAAAGUUGUAAGAAGAUGGCCAGUGUUGUUUAAAACCCAAAUUUCCUAAAGCCAUAUGUUGUGCCAGUGCCUAUUAAUUGUGUCAUGGUAUUGUCUUCAUCUCGUGUAAGAACAGUUGCUGUGUGGAAUGAAGUAGAAUGGUUUAUAUGA